GACAAAAGGAACAAAAUAAAUAAAUCAACACACCGCUGUUUCUGCUAAAAUACUCUUGUGCUGCUUGUUGUUGACCGGUGUAAUUAUUAAUACAAAUAAGAGAGAGGCAAGAAGAUGAUGACGAUGCUGUCAAACAGUAAUGGAGGAGGAGGAGGAGCAUCAGUUGCAGAAAGGGCUACAAGUGAUAUGUUGAUAGGUCCAGAUUGGGCCAUUAAUAUGGAGCUUUGUGAUCUUAUCAAUAUGGAUCCUGGGCAAGCAAAAGAUGCUUUGAAGAUACUGAAAAAGCGUCUCGGGAACAAAAAUCCUAAAAUACAGCUUCUGGUUCUUUUUGUACUGGAAACUUUGAGCAAAAACUGCGGAGAGAAUGUAUUCCAACAAAUUGUAGAGCGGGACAUUUUGCAUGAUAUGGUUAAAAUUGUAAAGAAAAAGCCAGAUUUAAAUGUACGGGAAAAGAUUCUCAUUCUUUUAGACACUUGGCAAGAAGCUUUAGGGGGACGUGGGGGAAGGUAUCCCCAAUACUAUGAAGCUUACAAUGAACUGAAGUCUGCAGGAGUAGAUUUUCCACCAAGAGAAGAGAACACUGUUCCAUUGUUUACUCCACCACAAACUCACCCAGUGGCGCAAACUACAUCGCCUUAUGAGGAAGCUGCUAUUCAAGCCUCCCUUCAGACUGAAUCGUCAGGACUCAGCUUGUCAGAAAUCGCGAAUGCAGAAGGAAUAGCAGAUGUAUUGAUGGACAUACUUAAUGCUUUGGAUCCUAACAAUCCCGAGGGGUUAAAAGAAGACUUGAUUGUUGACCUUGUUGACCAAUGCCGCUCUUACCAACAACGUGUCAUGACCCUUGUAAACACUACAUCAGAUGAACAGCUUCUAGGUAAGGGUUUGACAUUGAAUGAUACUUUGACGCGUGUUCUUCAACACCAUGAUGAUAUUGCUAAGGGGGCCCCAGCUCAGCCUGUUGUCACCCGAACAAAUGAAAGUUCGGUUGCGCCUCUUGUGAAUGUAACUCAUGAGGAUGAUGAGUCGGAUGAUGAAUUUGGUCAGCUAGCACACCGCGGACACAACCGGAACCAAAAUGUUACAAGAACUGAACCUCCACGUGCGUCCCCACUCCUACCCCCUCCACCCAUAUCAAAGAGGCCUAUUAAUACUGACUCAGGCACGAUGGUUGAUUAUCUUAGCGGCGAUACAUACACCUCUAAACCAUCAAAAAGUCCACCAGAAGCAUCCUCACCUUCAUCUGAUUACAUAAACCCAACUGCAACCCUUUUUACCGAUCAGCCUACAUAUGAUGAACCCAAGCUCACUGACAAUUCACCUUUGGGUCAAUAUGAUGCACCGCCUGCUGUUUCACCUGUGUCCAUCCCACCACCACCCGCAAAACAGAGCCAGAGACAGCAGUUCUUUGACCAGAACCAAACUCCGCAUUCUAGCAGUGGUUCAGGUUCAUCUUAUGAUAGCUUGGUUGGUCAGACUCAGAAUCUUUCUAUGAACUCUUCAAUGCCACCCAAGAAAGAAAAACCCGAAGACGCUUUGUUUAAAGAUCUUGUGGAUUUUGCCAAAGCCAAGUCGUCACCAUCAUCUUCUUCUUACCCAAAUAGAUCGUUUUGAAGUGAUUGAAAUGGUACAGCUGUUUGCGGAGUAUUAAUGAAUUAUUACUUGUGUUUAAUUAGUAGAGGGAUUUGUGAGGGGAAUAAAAUGGGUUUUGUGAAAUGUUAUACUGUGUUAUGUGUUAUUGGUGUUUACGGGUCUGUAAAUGUGAUUCUGUGUUUUUGAAUUAUUGAUACAUUGCCAGUUUGCCCUUUACAGCAGAACAUAGAAAAGGCGAGAGAGAUUUAUGAUUGCAAA